GAGACAGAGAAGAGAGGAGCCGGGGAGGGAGAGAGAGGUGACGGGCCGGACCAGCUGCGUUGCCCCCUCCUCUUGUGCUAAACCUUGUUUCUGCUGUUACGUGUGCGUCAUUUGUCUUACUACACACUAUGACGGAGUUGCAGUCGGCGCUUUUGCUGCGGAGGCAGCUUGCAGAGCUAAAUAAGAAUCCAGUAGAAGGUUUUUCAGCAGGCUUAAUAGAUGACAAUGACUUAUACCGAUGGGAAGUUCUAAUAAUUGGCCCACCUGAUACAUUAUAUGAGGGUGGUGUUUUCAAGGCUCAUCUCACCUUUCCAAGGGAUUAUCCUCUCCGGCCACCUAAGAUGAAAUUUAUCACAGAAAUAUGGCACCCAAAUGUUGAUAAGAAUGGUGAUGUAUGUAUUUCCAUUCUUCACGAACCCGGAGAAGACAAAUAUGGCUACGAGAAACCUGAGGAGCGCUGGCUACCUAUCCAUACAGUGGAAACCAUAAUGAUCAGUGUAAUUUCUAUGCUAGCAGACCCUAAUGGAGACUCUCCAGCAAAUGUGGAUGCAGCGAAAGAGUGGAGAGAAGACCGUAACGGUGAAUUUAAAAGAAAAGUUGCCCGCUGUGUAAGAAAAAGCCAAGAAACAGCUUUCGAGUGACAUUUAACCAGCAGCUAGUAGCUUCACAAUUUCAGGGUCUCCAUUUGAGAAACAAGGCACUGUUUUUCCUGCACUCUACCCACCUUUUGCUGGACUUUUUGUUGUAAUAAGUUGGCAAACACUGGCUGGCACUGGGUUGCAAUAAAACAUGCCAGUUAUCAAUGCUGACAAGAGCCUAACAAGUGCCAACUUAAAGGUGAUCUCGCAUUUCAAAAUCUAAUGAACUGCUUUAAACUUCAGGAAGAAUUGUACAGACCUGUACAUAGCACAACAUGAUCCGGAUAAUAUAUAUACUGUUCAUGUACAUCCAUAAAUACACAUUGUACCAAAUAAUGAUUUCUUGUUGUUUAGGGUAAGACUUAUGUAAAAAGUGGUGGGAAUGCAAAUAGGGAAGAUAAAAUAUGAAGGAGGGAAGAAAGGGAGUGUUUUGCAGUUUAAAUUUUCCUGUCUUCUCUCCAGCAGAUCUGAUUGGUCUGUAAAAAAACAAAUAUGAGAUUGGAAUCCGUUAAAUUUAUUGCUUCUAGUGUCCUUUUCCUGACAAGAGCUCUUGGAAUCUUUUGAAUCUUCCUUCUGGUCUCGCAUUGGCCACUGUCCUCUCUAUGCAGAAAAGGCCACAUUGUUGUGUCAGUGGGCAAUACUGCAUUGAUUUGUCUGUCUUUUUUAUUUAGCUCCAGGAGGUUUUAGAAAUUCUGUUUGAGGAGCCUGUCACCCUUGUCUUUUGGGGUUUAAUCACAGGUGGGAUAUGCAAUUACAAUAAAACAACUUGUUAACACUGCAUAGUGAACAAAGUACUAUAAAAAGAAAUUGAGUGUCUGAUCACAUAUAUACGUAUAGGUGGCAUAAUGUCUUCACUUUCUAUUUUCUUUGGUCACUGCAGGAAUUUGGUUACCUUUUAAGUGAUCAGCCACAUAUAACCCCUAAGGGGAAGAAGCUCUGGUAAUUAAACUCCUGAAGUGCCUUAUUGCACCCUCUAACAAGUCCUCAAAAUCCUCAGGUCAUGUGUGAAACUUGACUCCCAAAGGUGGAUAUGUCUAAACCUGUGUGCUGCUCAGCCUGGCUGUAGCAAUGGCUUACUUGCUACCAAGAGCACCCAAAACCCUGCUGCUUUAAUGAACUGACCAGCAUACUUUAGUGAUUGCAUUUCCUGUACAAUCCUCUUCUUGGCUGCCUGGUAUUGAAACUGAAAAAGGAAAGCAUGCAUAGGUAUUGGUUUCUCAAAGUAUCUUCAGGAUUUGACAUAAUUCUGUUCCAGUCUCUUUUUAACCUUCUGUAUCAAACUUUUUUUGCUCGCCUCCUUACGUUAUUUUCAUCCUUCUUUUACCUUUUUAUCGUCCUGUUGCAGUUUUUCCUCACCUAAUGUACAAAGAAAAAAUUGCGAUGUAUAUUUUCAUGUAAUUUGAUUUUGGAAUUCUGUCACCUUCUGUAGUGCGUUCUUCCAAAAUAUAAUUUUUUUCCAAUA